CAAAACAUUACUCAUGUCAUUCGAACGUAUUUCGACGACGACUAGCCGCACGCGAUUGUUGCACGAGUGAUUUCAAUUAGGUGUGAAAAAGUUGAAUAAAAUUUGUAUAAAAUGUUUGGAGGGCAACAACCUAUACUUGUAUUAAGCCAAAAUACAAAGCGAGAAUCCGGUCGUAAGGUGCAGCUGGAGAAUAUCAAUGCCGGAAAGGCAAUUGCUGAUGUUAUUCGCACCUGUCUUGGGCCCCAGGCAAUGCUAAAGAUGCUUAUGGACCCCAUGGGCGGCAUCGUGAUGACAAAUGAUGGUAAUGCUAUAUUGCGCGAAAUUACCGUUCAGCAUCCAGCUGCUAAGAGCAUGAUUGAAAUUGCACGCACACAAGACGAGGAGGUAGGCGACGGCACCACCUCUGUAAUUGUGUUGGCAGGGGAGAUGCUUGCUGCUGCCGAGCCAUUUUUGCAGCAACAGAUUCAUCCCACAGUCAUAAUUCGUGCGUACCGCGAGGCCUUGGAAGAUAUCAUAAAACAUUUACAGACAGAUCUUAGCGUACCACUGGAUGUGAAUAACAAGAAUAAAAUGGCUGAAGUCGUUAAGGCAUGCGUGGGCACAAAAUUCAUUGGAAAAUGGUCUGAUUUAGCCGUGAAAAUUGCACUUGACGCUGUUGAGACUGUUGCAUUGAAUGAAAAUGGACGUUUAGAGGUAGACAUUAAACGAUAUGCCAAAGUGGAGAAAAUUCCCGGUGGAAGUAUCGAUGAGUCAUGUGUGUUAAAAGGCGUUAUGAUAAACAAAGACGUAACACACCCUAAGAUGAGACGUUACAUUGAAAAUCCACGCAUCCUGUUACUAGACUGUUCUCUGGAAUACAAAAAAGGCGAGAGUCAAACCAACGUGGAAAUCAUUGGUGAACAGGAUUUCACACGGAUGCUCCAAAUCGAAGAAGAAUUUGUGCAACGCAUUUGCGCCGAUAUCAUUGCCGUCAAACCCGAUAUUGUGUUCACUGAAAAGGGUGUUUCCGACUUGGCGCAGCAUUACUUGCUAAAGGCCGGAAUUACUGCUAUUCGUCGUCUGCGUAAAACGGACAAUCUGCGUAUAGCACGUGCUUGUGGUGCUACGAUUGUGAAUCGUACCGAAGAACUGACGGAAAAAGAUGUUGGUACUGGGGCUGGACUUUUUGAGAUUAAGAAAAUUGGUGAUGAGUACUUUACAUUUAUCACCAACUGUAAGGAGCCCAAGGCAUGCACUAUUUUGCUCCGAGGUGCAUCAAAAGAUAUACUAAAUGAAACAGAACGCAAUCUGCAAGAUGCUCUUCAUGUUGCACGCAAUUUGAUUAUCGAGCCACGCUUGGUAGCUGGUGGCGGUGCCAUCGAGAUGGCUGUUUCACAAUUGCUGUCGCGUAAACAGCGAAAAGGUCCUUAUACUGCUGUGGCUCAUGCUCUGGAAAUCAUACCACGUACUCUGGCACAGAAUUGCGGUGCCAAUACUAUACGUACUUUGACAGCGCUGCGCGCAAAGCAUGCUUCCCAUUCAGGUGAUGGUGUAUGCGCUUGGGGUAUUGAUGGUGAAUCCGGUGAAAUUGUCGAUAUGAACGUCAAAGGUAUCUGGGAGCCAUUAGCCGUGAAAAUGCAAACAUAUAAGACGGCUGUGGAAACCGCUAUUUUGCUGCUUCGCAUCGACGAUAUUGUAUCAGGCUCGAAAAAGAGAGGCGAUGAUAUCGUGAAUCCCGCUGCCGCUGCUCAGGGUCAGGAAUAAAGACGAAUGCAAAGGCAGAAUGAUUAAAAUCGUAUUAUCACUUUAAUGUCGCUAACUUACUUAUAAUUUAUAAAACACUUGGCUUGUAACCAUAUGGGCAAAUAUUCAAAUUUCUUCACGUAAUACAUUUUUUUGUAAAGCGUC